AUGUUUCUGUAUCUUUCUACCUUGACUGCUCUCAUUCCACUGGCCUCUUUAACAGGACUAUUCUACUUGGCCUCUGUGGAAGAAAACUUCCCACAGGGCUGCACUAGCACGAGCAGUCUUUGCUUUUACAGUCUGCUCUUGCCAAUUACUAUCCCAGUGUAUGUGUUCUUCCACCUUAGGACUUGGAUGGGUAUUAAACUCUUUAGGCAUAAUUAA